ACUGUAAAAAGUGGUCUUAUUUUACGGACGACUUUGCAGACAAAAGUCUGUAAAAUUUUGCGGCUCGUGUCUGUAAUUGCCUUUUACUACAUGAAAUCUAUUUUCUUGACCAAGAUGGCGUCUCUCGUUUCAAGCGACCAGUGCGCUGAUCAGAGUUAUUUGUGCACUGUUUAACCGCCAUUCAGGUAAGAUUCGCUUGUUGUUUCGUGUCAAAACAACAUGAAACCGAAAUCGAAAUUAAUAUUGCAGGUGGCGCCGUAUUCGUGCUGCGCAGAUCAUGUGACGGCUGCUUGGCGGUAUUUUGGCAGACGACAGUACAAACUACAUCUGCUGCAUGUUGAAGUUUGUUACGGCGGCACUGCUUCUCCAAACUUGCAUUUUGACUGACUGUAAAAGCCGCAAAAGUGUUAGCGGUGCAACGAAAGACAUUCGUUCCUGUCGCGGCUGCUGUCCUCUCCUGUGUGCGCACUGUUGCGCUACAUGAAAGGAAAUGGAAUCCCUGUCUUCAGAGAUUAUUGUUGCUGUCCGUCAUAUCCUUCCGGACUUGCACGAGAAUGAAGCUAGAGCUCUAUACCAGCGCCUCGUCGAGCUUGGCGUAAAGACCCUUGAGGAUUUGAAUUAUGUGGAGCACACAGAGCUGAAAGGCGUACUCAAUGUGGUCAACAGCAGAAAACUCUUGAGACUCUGGAAUUCUGAGCCACCAUCUGAGCCACAAAAUCAUCGUGAAGGUCAACAGAACUACCUGGUCUCCCACAUUUUGGACGAUCCUCAAAGUCAGGUUUCUGAGCUGCCAAUCACACCAGUUAUUAUCUCAUGUGGGACUCUGUUUCACGCAUCAUCUUUCAAGUUGCUGGUCGACAAGCAGAUCAUCAUCUCAGAUAUUAUCAACUUCUUUGAUGCUGUCUGCCAUCUUGUGGCAGCCUACUUUAUAUUUGGAGUUCAGUACCCUCAGGAGGCUGAGGCAACGUUUGAGUUCUUGCAGCGAUGCAUGUUUCGGAUCAAUCCUCCAAGCACAAUCCAAAAGAAACGGAAAGGACCGAAAGGAUCUAUCCUGAAAGUGGUGUCACUAAUAAGCAACCUCAAAGAAUAUGAAAACUCAAAGUGGGCCACCUUCUGAAGAGCUACCAAGAGAGUCACCGGACAGGUUUUUGUUUUCGUGUGGCGAAGGCUAUUUUCUUUAUAUUUGUGUAAUGAACCUAUUCAGCAUAUCACAAUAAAAGCUCCAGCAUGGACACGUAUUUGAA